GAUGAGGUUUAAGUAUCGAUGAGAGAUUAAUGAAUAAGAUGAAGACUCUUAGCUAAUUAACUUGAUUAGUUAUUAAAUUAUCUCGUUUCUAGGUAGAUUUUGUCGAGUAUUUUGUUGCUAGGAGAGACUAAGAGAAGAAAGAAAAAGUUUAUGAUGAAGAAACUAAAUCAUAAUCAUAAUCAUGAUGCGUAGUUAACCAUAGAAUCAAAUCGAGAUUCUCACCGAAUAAUUUACUGAUUAUUGUUCUUUUCAUCAUUUUCUCCUAGUUUAAUUGUUAAUUAAGUUGGAAAAUUAAUCUUGUUUAUAAAUACAUAUACUCUCUUCUAGAUAAUCGUCAUCGUCAUCGUCAUCUUCAUCAUCAUCUUCAUCUCCAUCCUUAACCACAUCAGCAACAAUUCAAUCAUCAAAACAAUAUCAUCUUCUCACCUUAAAUUAACCUUCCAUUGGUUAGUUAAUCAAUGGAAACUGAUUCCAUUCUGAUUCCAAUUGUUCCUUGGGCUUAUGAUAACAAUUUAACUCCAUAUGAAAAUACUUGUUUCGAUAGUGAAGUUGAACAGUACAUAGAAAAUGAAAUACUCAAUCCUACUCGAAAGAUCCCACUUCGAGUCGCUAAAUGUAUAAUUGUUGGCCCAGUUUCGGUCGGUAAGACAAGUCUGAUCAAGAGACUCGGUGCCAAUGGUUAUGGUUUACAACAAAGACCCACAAUUGGAAUUGAUUAUUGGAUUCAAAAGUUUGAAGUACUUGGGACACCCUUUAGACUUCAGAUCUGGGAUACAGCAGGACUGGAGAGAUACAAUAGUGUAACCAAGAGCUUCUAUCGAGAUGCUCAAAUUGUCAUCAUGCAAUUUGAUUUAUCUCGACCUCAAACACUUCUCGAACUGAAAGAGUUCGUUAAAGAUGUUCUAACGGUUAACCAAGAGGAAAGGCUACUUAUAUUUUUGGUCGGUUCGAAAAAAGAUCUGAUCAGUGAGGCUCAAUGUCGAGUCUUGGAAAAAGAGGCUGCCCAAGUUGCGAAACAAUUUGAAGCCGAAUACUGGUCAGUGUCCAGUUUAACUGGUAAAAAUGUUCAAAAUCUAUUCUCUCGAAUCGCUGCCUUAGCAUUUCUCAAAAUGAUUAAGACUGAAAUAGAAAUCAAGGAAUCGUUCAGCAAUGAGAAUUCCCGAUUAGCCAUCAUGUCCGAGCAAAUGACCCCCGAACCACCGUUAAAGCCCAACAAGAAAUUCAAAUGUUGCCUUUGUAAUAUAACUUAAAUUUUUCCUCUUUUCUUUUCUAUGUAAUUUAAAUUGUAAUUAUCAUGAUAAUCAACAACCUAAAUUGUUGUGGUAACUUUAUUAUAAUAACAACAAUAAACAAAUCAACUUCAACUUGA